AUGGAAUCUAAUAACCCAGAACAACUAAAUCCGGAGAUUGAAAAUGCUCCAGAAGAAGAAUUUAUUGCCAACAAUGAAGUUGAUCAAGAAGUAGUUGUGGAUGACGAAGCUCACAUGGAAGAAGAUGAUGAAAAUGAUGAAGAACAACUAGAUACUGAAGAAAAUAGAAAUCGUGAAGAUGAAACUAUUGAAAUCGAUAUGUCAAAUAAUUCGAUAAGUUAUUUCGAUAAACACACUGACUCUAUCUUUACAGUUUUUCAUCACCCAACUUUACCAUUAGUAGUAAGUGGUGGUGGUGAUAACGUAGCAAAUCUGUGGACUUCUCAUUCUCACCCACCUAAAUUUGCUGGUGCUUUAACUGAUCACACAGAAUCUGUUAUCAGUGGUGGUUUUACCAGCGAUGGUAAAUAUUUAGUUACUGGUGACAUGAACGGUAAAAUUUUAAUCCAUGCCUCUACUAAAGGUGGUGCUCAAUGGAAACUAACAAGUGUUUUACAAGAAGUCGAAGAAAUUAUUUGGUUGAAAUGUCACACUGUGAUUCCAGGUAUUUUUGCUUUCGGUGCUACAAAUGGUUCUGUUUGGGUUUAUCAAAUUAACGAAGUAGACGGGUCUGUUGAGCCAAUCAUGUCAGGUUUUGUUCACACUGAAGAAUGUACAAUGGGUGAAUUUAUUAAUAUUGAUCAAGGCGAAAACGUUUUGGAAUUGGUUACAUGUUCUGUUAAUGGUACCGUCGUCGGAUGGAAUUGUUACACUGGUCAACAAACUUUCAAAAUUUCACAAUCAGACACUAAAGGUGUAGUGGCCCCAUGGGUUUCUAUUGCUUCCGCCCCAACUAAUAAAAAAAACACUACCCCAAUUGUUGCUGUUGGUUCCAAUAACGGUGUUCUUGCUAUUAUCAAUUGUGCAAAUGGUAGUGUUCUACACUUAUCUACAGUAAUUGAAUUAAAGGAAGAUCAAGAAGAAUUGGAUGCAUCAAUUGAAUCCAUUUCUUGGUCUACUGACUUCCCAUUACUAGCAAUUGGUUUAGUGUGUGGUGAUAUUCUAUUAUAUGAUAUUAAUACAUGGAGGGUGAGACGUAAAUUCACUUUAGAAGAUUCAGUAACUAGAUUAACAUUCGAUAAAACAGACCUGUUUGUAUCAUGCGUAAAUGGUAAAGUUUACCAAUAUGAUGCUAGAACUGGUUCGGAGAAGUUCGUAUGUUGUGGUCAUAAUAUGGGUGUCUUGGAUUUUGUACUACUUCAAGGCAAAGAUAAUAACUUAAGAAGAAUAAUCACUGCUGGUGAUGAGGGUGUGUCACUAAUAUUUGAAGUUCCAAAUUAG